UGUCUGACAGGUAACAGGCGGAGAAGCAGCUAAAGCAAAGCAGGAACUGUUUGGUGAGUUCUGCACCUCGGCUCAGAACUUAGAUUAGUCUGAUUUACACCAGCAGCUGUUUUAUUCCACUCAUUCAGUCCAGAUUUAAUGAAUGGGUUUUUGUUUUUGCUACUGAGAGGAGAUGCAGCGAUCAGCAGAGAAACACUAAAACGUUACAAAGACACAUUUUUAAAAAGACGAAGAUGACUGAUCACGCAGACGCCAGCCUGCAAAAUGCUGUUCGGGAGCUUUUAGAAGACAUGAACCGCCAACAUUCAUCCAACACAGAUUCUGAUUCAGAUCUGAGAUGGACUCUGGAGAAGAAGGUGGAGACGGAUCCGUCCUGCGGCGCCGGGCUGGUCCGGGUCCUGGUCGCAGAGCUGGAGCAGAGGCUGAGGAGGAUGAGCGAGGUGGAUGAGACCAGCGCCUACGUGCACGUGAUCCCGCUGCUGCACACGCUCCACUCCGUGGUGGUUCAGUCGGGCGCUGCGGUUCCCGCCGGCCUCCUGCAGGACGUGCUGAGCUGCCUGAGGAGGACUCUGAGUCUGCCGCUGCCCUACUCUGCGGUGGCGAAGCGCACGCUGAGGAGCAUCCGGACGGAGGAGACCAAACCAGGCUCAUUGUGUCUGAGGAGAGUCACGGCAGAGCAGAACCUGAUGCAGGAGCAGGAGAGGGUGUUCGUUCUCGCCGAACCGGCCGUGUUCUCUGCUCCACUGGAAGCAUCCGUGAAGAGGUUCUUAGAGUCCGACGCACUGGAGGACGCGGCUGAGGUCCAGAGGGUUCUGGUGCUGCGUGUGCUGCACAAGGCGCUGGGCUCGACAUGCCAGAGCUCCAGAGUCGCUCAGGCUCUGCAGGCUCUCGAUGACAGAGCGCUGGAGCAGACCUUCCAGGACGUGACGGCAGCCGCGGAGCAGGGUUUCGGGACAGGCGGUCGGGCCGCGUACGUGGACACACUGGAGCGGAUCCAGGAAGAGCUCCUGACUGCCUGGACCCAAGACGCACCGACAGGAAGCGACGGCUCCCCGCCGGCUGCCAUGCCGCCUCCACGGAUCAGCUUCUACCGGUGGAACGAUGAAAAGCAGCUCAGUAAACUCCUGGAGAAGUUCACUCUGCUUUCCAGCGCAGGCGUCGACCGGGAGGAGAACAAGACCGGUGACCUGAGCGCCUCCAGGAGGAGUCCACCGCGGCGCCUCACGGCUCGGGUGGUGCUGAUGGGGGACGACCGCGCGCUGGGGAGGCUGGCCAGAGCCUACCUGGCCCUCAGAAAAAGAGAGAGCAAGCGCUUGAAGCUGACCAAGAAGCUCAACAUAGAGUUUUACUACGUCCCAGUGACGGCUGUGGAGCCCUGGCAUCGCUCACCUAACAGCCCCAGUCGGAACGACGGGAAAAUAUCUCUGGCCCGUUUCCUGGAAAGAGUGGAUCCAUGGUACAAGUACAACAUCGGCAGCCUGGGAGCGACCGUCUCCUCGCUCCCUGUGGAGUCUCCCCAUCUGCUGGACACUCUGUGCUACUACCUGCGCUGUGGGACGCAGCCGGUCAACCUGCCCGUCUAUUCUGUGAAGAUGCGCCGCGGUGACGCCUGCGUGGAGGACGUGUUCGUGUCCCAGCUGGAGGCAGAGAUGCCGGAGUUCAGACACCUCAAACACAAACCAGCAGAAUCGUCCGCUCGGAAGCCGCGCAGACAAACGGUGGCCGCGUUUGGAGGCGUGAUCAACGUCAGCUACACGGCGACCUCGCUGAGCAAACGGCACGUGACGAAGGCAGACGCUCCGAUGACGUGCGGCCUGGUCAUAAGGUCUGAGCCGGCGGCCGCGGCGCCAGGUGAAGAUUUCCUCAGUGUCAGGUUUGACAGCGUGAACCCACAGUUCAACACAAAAAUUCAAACUCGGAACAUCACCAUUAAAACAAUAGAGCAUCGCACUCUCUCCGUGUGUCUGGACAAAGACGCUCGCAGGAAGUUCACCGACGUCCAGAGCAUUGAAGUUGCUCCGUGCCUGGACCCCAGACGCAGCAUCCUGCCCGGCAGGUUCCUGGACAAAGUCCUGUCGCUGCCCAUCAACACGUUCUGUGGCUUCAGCCCCUGAGCUUCAGCGCCGGUGGCGAGAGCUGAACCUGAAGUCCUGCAGUUGAUUCAACCGUUGAUUAUUUUACACUAAUAUUUUAUUGUAUUGUUAAGACAGAGUUACAGAUCAAAUAUAUGAUUAUAAAGCAACUGUAAAUGAACAGUACAAUUAAUAAAUAUUCUGUUACACCAGUG